AGCAGAUUAGGGUAGACCAGCCUGAAAGAGAGCGACACUCCAUCUGACAAUUGACAGGUGUCUGUCUGUGCGGAGGGAUUAUAAACCCCAGGAGCGAGCUGUCUAGGAGCACUCGGAGGCAAGGCAUACAGCUGCAUCAAUUGGGAGACAACCUGAACCCCUCUCUGCCUUUUUUUUCAAGCACCAACAAAUUAUGGGGCUCAGUGAUAAUGAAUGGCAGCAUGUCCUGGGCAUCUGGGCGAAGGUGGAAUCAGACAUCCCUGCCCACGGGCAGGAAGUUAUGAUCAGGCUCUUUCAGGUUCACCCUGAGACCCAGAGCCUCUUUGCCAAGUUCAAAAACCUGAAGACGGCGGAUGAGAUGAAGAGCUCAGAUGAACUGAAGAAGCACGGCAUCACCGUCCUUACUGCCCUGGGCAGAAUUCUGAAGCAGAAGAACAAUCAUGAGCAGGAGCUGAAGCCAUUGGCAGAGAGCCAUGCUACCAAGCAUAAAAUCCCUGUCAAGUACCUGGAGUUCAUUUGUGAAAUCAUUGUCAAGGUCAUUGCUGAAAAGCAUCCCGCGGACUUUGGGGCCGAUUCCCAGGCUGAGAUGAGGAAGGCCCUGGAGCUGUUCCGAAAUAGCAUGGCCAGCAAGUACAAGGAGUUCGGGUUUCAGGGCUAGUGAGUGCACGAGGAGACACCUCCACGGAGGCCCAGCAAUGCAUCUUAGAAUAGCUUCCUUGGCUCUGGCUUGGGUGCCUCUUAAAUGAUCAUGCAAAAAGUGUGGGGGUGUUUUUUAUUAGAGCAGUAUUCAGUCUCUCACCAAAGAGAGGCACUCACGGUGAUAUGUACUAUAAACCCUCGUCCUUCCCUGGCUUCACCUAGAGGAGGAAUGAUCUUUUUUCUUAGCAAAAUAAUGUGUUUGUUCAUUAAAGGACGAGUUGAGACCUUAUGCCCCCAGCUUCUUCUCAAUGGCCCCAUCUCAUAGCAGAGCCAGAGAUAGGAGAGUGAGUGAGUGUGUGUGUGUGUCAAAGGGAGAAACUGGGCUUGAAGUGAGACCUCUCCUGCCUGCUGCUAGAAUUGCCACCCCAGCUGGCACUAAUGGACAGCUUUGGCCAAAAUCUCCAAAAGGAGCUAGGAGGUUUGGGUGCCCUGCCAGAGAUGCCACAAAGGGGCCUGAUGGUCAGGAAGUGCUGUGCUCCUGCCUUCUGGAAAAUCAGGUUUCCGUGAGAUGUCAGAAUAACGAGUUUGGAAGAUCUUAGCAGCCUCAGCUGAGUGAAUGGGCUGUGGGGAGCUUCCCACUUCUCCCUAAGCAGGGAGGGCAGCCUCUCAAGAGCAUGGAGGAGACAAGCUAGCAGGAUACAGUGGGGUGCUUGCAUUGCUGCCCCAGUGCCAAUGCUAGUAGUAAGAACAGCCCGUCAGCCUCUGGGGGCUGCCAAGUGUCACUAGUCACUACACUAACGGUGGCAAAACCCUCAUGAGACAGUGUAGGACUCUGUGAUCCCCAGCAGCUGUGGUUUUGCCUUUGUGUUGCACAGUAAAUAAAUACGCUUAUUGUACCAGA